AUGGCAGCUCUCCACAUUCUCCUGCUGCUGCUCUGCUGCAGGGCUCGAGGCUCAGGGCCUUCCUCUCUCUGCCUCCGCCUUAAUAAUUGCAUUCGCAAUGGCUCUGCAUCCUGCAGUUUGGAUUCAUGGGAAGGACCAAAGGGAAUCACGUUUCCUUGGUUCUGCACUGAAGACGUGCCAGACUACGGGAACACCAAAGUCAGCUUGGGAGAGACAUGUCAUCCGGCCAGUGCAUUUUGUGAAAGCAGUGUGACACAAGCUUGCACGAGUGGAGGAUCUACUUUUGAAGUCGACAGAAACAUCAAGAGCAUAUACAUCCAGCUCCUGACUGAUGCUCAUCCCAUAGCGUCGUUUGCUGCUUCUCACAAUACGUCGAUGGUCGCAAGCAAAACUGAGACAGCCAGCGCCGACUUUAACAUCAAGGUGUUCUAUAUUAUGUGUCUCCCAGAGUCACUGCUGACAGCCGCAGCUCAAGGAAUAGGAACCAGCACUCAGAACACCUCUGUUGUCUUGCCAACACCCGCUGUCACAAGGUAUCGAAGCCAGCCACUGGUGACCAUAUACGUUUCUAGUGACCAGUGCUCAUUUUUGGAAGGGGUUCGAAGUCUGUGGAGAGAAGACACGUGCAGGCUUGGCUCCAUGGCCAACUGGCAGAAGAUACACGGUGUCUGCAGCAUGAAGCGGAAUCUCAGAAGCCUGUCAGUCCACGCGGAAUCAAACGCAUCCACGUUUGACAUCAGGUUCCUGGCAGCCAAAGCAGUUGUUAUCCCCAACUCAGUAGACUGGGGAAAAGCCCUGAUGGCAGACGUCCCUGAAAACCCAGUGAUGCUCUUAGCAGUGCUCUUUAUUUUUGCCAUCUACUUUCUUUUGUCCCUCUGGGCCAUGAGAAAGGACAAGGCUGAAAGCCACAGCAAAAACAAGAUUCUAGUUCUGCCGGACAACAACCCCUUUGACAAAGCGAGCUUUUUGGUCACUUUAUACACAGGCAGCCGCUGGGGAGCUGGAACCACAGCCGACGUCUUUCUUCAGCUCAUCGGCCAGAAUGGCAUGAGUGACGUCCACUGUUUGCGGCAGCGACAUUUUCCAUCGUUCCAAAAAGGGAGCACGGACUGCUUUCUGUUAACUGCUAAAGAAGACUUGGGAGAUGUUUGUUCCCUCAGGGUCUGGCACAAUAACAAGGGCCCAUCUCCAAGCUGGUUCUUAAGCAGAGCCAAAGUUGAGAAUAUGUCCACUAGGAAGACCUGGUUCUUUAUGUGCAGGAAAUGGCUUGCACUCGACAAGGGUGGUUGCUUAACAGAAAGGACAUUUUCUGUGACAAACCCCAAGACACCGCUGCCCAGAAUCAACUACUUUUUGAUGACGCUUGCCAACAGCCUGACAGAGGAACAUCUGUGGCUCUCCAUUUUUGCUCCCGUUCUCACUGGCACGUUCAGCAGGUUCCAAAGGUCGUCUUUGUGUUUUGCAAUGCUGUUCUUGUACCUGCUUGUUGACAUCAUGCUCUCUAACACUACAAAGACUGAAGAACCUCAAGUCUACUUGAGGUAUUUGAGAGCAGUAACACUACAAAUCGAAUUUGCUUUGCUUACCAUACCUGUGGAAAUGAUGAUAAUUGCCUUUUUUACGUAUUCCAAGAAGGAACCUCCUCUUCAAGGCGUGGUUCAGCAGGACCCAAAGAGAAACUCGCUCUUCCUGUCUGGAAAUCUUAAGAACUGGAAGGAGUGCUUGCAAAAAUUGUUCCACUCAGCACAAUCGAGGAACAUCGGUCCCUUGGAGAACCUUCCUGGUGCCAGCAACGCACAGAGCCCACCACGUUCCAAGAGGACGGGAAGCAAGGGAGCUCCCCAAAACUGGAGGAAUUGCACUGUUCCUGAAAGAGAUGCAAAUGUAAUUGGAACGGAAGAGCAGGUGAUAACUGCAAGUUCCCCUCCAGCAGCUGAAGCCUGCCAGAGAAGGCCACCGUUACAUUACAAUUUUAGUGAGAACUAUACAAAAGCAGGGAGCAACUCUCAGGAAGAAAGGAAACCACCAGGAACUGACUCUACGCUCCUCUGCAAGACAAUGCCCAUUGCUUUCCCUUGGUGGUGUGUCUACAUCUCGUGGGCACUCGUUACAGCUGUAACUGGGCUAUCGUCAUUUUUCAUUGUGCUAUAUGGUUUGUCUUACGGCCGUCAGACUUCACUGGAGUGGCUUAGAGCAUCUGCAGCCUCCUUUAUUGAGAGCGUGUUUCUCCUUCCAAUCCUAAAAAUCAUUUUUUUCUCAGCACUGAGGACGAUUUGCCCAAAACACUGUGAAGACAUCCCAUGGUUAACUCAGGACAAGUGUUGUGAGUUUACGUUGGCUGGAGAAACAAUGAGUACAGAUGAGACGAGAGAGGUGCAUUUGAAAUCGCUGAAGUCAGUCAAAGCCUUGUACAAGCAGUACAAGGCUUUGGAAGCUGGUGAGAUUGCAAACAUGCUGAAAAGGGUGAAAAAUCAAGUCAAGGCAUUUAUUUUCACCAACAGCUUCAUCAGUCACCUUGUCUUUCUAACACUGCUAUUAAAUUUUGCCUGUUCAGUCAAGAACACCAGCAGUUUCAGCUAUGACCGGCUCACCCACCAUCAAUUCUCUCUGCAACUCUCGGGUGCAGAUAAGCAAGAAGAUAUCUACGUGUGGGUGAAAGACGUGCUCUUGCCCCCGAACCACAAUGACAUUCAGCAAGCCUUUCUUCCUGAGAGCUGGUCAAAAAUCAUCGGAUUGCCCAGGAUGAGCCGAGUGCAGGCUAAAGGGACUGAGAAAAAAUGUUUCCAUCCUCAGAGCUUUCUAAAUAACUCUGUGAUCAGGAAAAGACAGUGUCUUCACAAGUACGGCAGCGACAUCCCAGAGAAAGUCGACUACGCUGGCACCUGGACAAGAGUUGCCAACCAGCCUGUUUCCAUUGCCAGCAGUUACAGCGGUUUCACGUACGAGCAAAACAAGACCCUGUGGAUGUAGUAUUCACACAGAGAUCUGCACAUGUACGGACCAGCAGGAUACACGAUUUGCAUCUUUCCUCAAGAAGAAAGAUCUAAUUCAACAACAAGGCUGGACACUCCAGAACACUUCUUAUUUCAUUUUGAAAACUCUGCAAGUUUCUCAAUUUUUAAGGACAGUAGUGCUUAUGUUUCAAAUAAAUGUUCAUGA